UUUGCUCCUCUAGAAUCUGUGAGAAAGCUGAAGGGCUGUCGUAGUUUGAGUCUUCCAGUCCUCCUGGGUUAGAUCCUCUUUUGAUCAAGAAAAGACAGUCUCUCCCUGGAUGAGCAUGAAGUGUGGAUGAGGAACCACAGGGGAAAUUCCAGCAAACAACAGUAAAGCAGCCUGAUUGAUCUCUCUUUAAUUGCUGUGUGAUACUGGCUGUCAGCACCGAAAUGGGCAAUGAGAACAGCAGUGCAGAAAAUGAGAACGCUCCACAAGAUUCAGAAUUAGGCCAACCUCCUGGUAAUGGGCACAGUACAAAUAGGAGCCCUCAGGACAACAGCACAGAAAGGUCUGGAGGUCAGGACAUCUCAGAUCCUCCUCCUCCUGCUGCUGUGCCACCAGCUGAGAGCAAAACCUCAUCAAUGCCAGGACCUAUAAGCAUCGGUAAUGAAGGCAUCAGUAGCUACAGUGCUGAAGAGCUGUCCAACCCAAACUCAAGCGUGGUGUCUUCAGAGGUGACAGGACAGAAUGCUAUCUUGCAAGAGCAAGGAGGACAAACAGACUCUAAUUUCUUAAAGCACUCUAUUGAAGCAAGAGACACAAGCCUGCCUGUCUUAGUGCCUCCUGCAGACUGGGCCAAAGAACACGUCACAGCAGAUCUCACAAGCAGCACUGACAAGUUCCCCACAUCAGAUUACAACACAGCACUGCCAUCACCAGCUCCAGUGAGUGACAAAGAAGAGGGAUUAGCAAAUGCCAAGUCUGUGGACAGAGGGCCAAAAUGUGAUAAUAUUGCUGCCUCCUACACCAAAACCGGCAAGAAUGAGCCCAGAAUGCCAAGCCUGGAGCCCAGCCCUGCUGCUGCAAUCACAGAAAUGCAAGGAGUUGCACAAAUGAGUUUGAGUGAAUUAGGAUCUCCCCAUCAGAGUGAACAGCUGGGUGGCAUGAGGGAGCCACAUGUCAGCACGUUUCCCCGGGGUAAAGCAGCAGGAGAUUAUUUUACUGCUCAGGAGGCCGAGCAGGAGCGAGGAGUUUUGGAAGUAGGUCAGCUGCAGGCAGUAAUGCAGCAAGGUAGACAGGACACAGAUGGUGGAGAGGGUCUGCUAAUGAAAAAGGAAACCUUAAUCCUAAAUUAUCCAGCAACAGGAGGCUCAGACAGUGAAAAAUUUGGAGCAAUUGUGAAUGCUCAGGGCUUCACUGAGAUCAGUGAAGUCUGUAAUCUACAGAUGGGGGCUGGAACAACAGCUAUAGGGAAUGAGGCGAAUCCAGCUCUAUCUGUAAGCAAAAGGAAGCAAUCAGAAGCUUGUACUUUAAUGUCAGAGUUGCCUUCUAACCCUCCAAAUCUCUUCCUGGUACCAAAGCCUGAAGAGCCUUCGAGGGAAUAUGUGCCUGGGAAUGACUCUCAAGAUCCACUGAGGAGCGAAACAGUGAAAACAGCUUCUGAAAAAAACAAAUCCAUUUUUCAAAGAGAGCUUCAAAAGGAGGAUGAGCUUGUUAGUGCUGAGCAUUUCAGUGAGCCUUUAUCAUUUAAGCAAGAGGAAGAAGAAAAAUCAGCUGUCACAACUGAAAGCCCAAAAGAUGAAGCCAGUAGCAAUGAAAUUAUAAAAGCUGAUGAUGUGCCUAGAGAAAGCACCACACUUUCUGAAAUAGAAAGCAUUAUCAGUCCCACCAAGGAAAACUCACUAGUAGAUAAGAGGUUGUUACUGGAAGAAUAUGCAUUAAGUACUUCUUUGAGCAGAUCCACAGAGCUGUAUCAAAAAGAAGUUGAGUCGGAUGUAACAGGAGAAAAAAAUGUAAUCAGAACAGAGGAUACACAAAUGUCAGAAACCAGUGAAUUACUUGAGGCCUCAAGUGAGGCAGGAAGACAACUAUUGAGCUCUGUUAGCAACCAUUACCAGGACACAGUAAAUACCCACUUGGAACACAAUCCUGAAGAAUUCAGCCUUUGUGAAAACCCUUCAACAGGUGACCAAGGGGAAGAAGGUGAGGGAAAGCCUCUGAAUUUAGACAGUAACUUGAAAACACCUGAAGGCAGUCCACAGUCUCUUGGUUGUAAACCUGAACAACAAAUGAGUAAAGAGAAAACAGCUGCCCCAGAUGACCUGGAGAACAAGCUCCUGGCUUCACCACAGUUUGCAAGGGAGGAAUGCCCACGGAGUUCUGGUUGCUUUAACACUGAGCCAGAAGGCAAAACUUCAGGCCAGCCAGGCUGUAACAGGACUGAAAAGGUUUGUUUAGAUGGUGCACACAGUUCACUGCUUCUCUACCCUGGGAACAAUAAUAUUGAGCAGAGUAAGCAGGACGAAUCCUGGGAAAAGGCUAGAGAAGCUGUAUUGGAAUGUGAAUGCAAAGCUGAGAGUCAAGAAAAGCCUGAGAGCUCUAGCAAGUCAGGAGAAAGUGCAAAAAUGCCCAAAUUAAAACUCGAUCCGCGGGGCUUGGACGAGUUGGCAGGGGCUGUGGAUCUCAUGGCUGUGCAAACCGAGGAGGCCCCAUGGGCUCUGGAAACCAAAGGACAGAAUGGUCACACCACUGAAGUGCCUCACAGAGAUCCAGAGCAGGAACCCGCAGCUGCACCAAGCAGUGCUGGGGAUGGAAAACAACAGGAGGAGAAGCACCAAACUGCAGUGCAAAGUUUCAUGGAGGACAAAGAGCUGGCACUGGGAAGCGAACGCAAACCGGGUGUGCCAGUGCAAGCUCAGCUGGAGCAAGUGGGUGCAGAAAGUCACAGAAAUAUGCAGAGGGCUGGCUCAGAAACCCCUGAAGCUGCAGUUGGUACUUCAGGACUUACUGCUCAGCAAGUGCACGUGGAGGAAGGGGGUGGCAGCCACAUCACUGCAAACAACUGCUCCUCUGAGAGUGACACGUGCGGCUCUUCAGAGGCCCCGGAGCGCAGGAUCGGGGAGCUGCAGGAAAAUGCAGGUGUUCCAACUGCUCCUCCUCAGGCAGAGCAAACGGGGCGGUCGGUGUCUGUGGCUGGUGUCACUGGCUGGAGUUCAAAUACACAACUUGAACAACAGGAGCACCAGAGCAGUCUGACAGCUGUCACAGGGGCAGAGGAUCAGGAACACAAAGAAAGGGCCCUACAACCCCAACGGCCGUUGGAGGCAAAUAAUGACAGCAACACACCACAAAUGCCUCUGAACGUUUCAAACAACCUUAAUAAAGGAUCUCCUGUGCUGGGUCCAGCACUGCCCCAGUGCAACUCAGACAGAGCAAAAGAACAGGAGCAGGAUAACAGCAGAGCUGAGGAUGUGUGCAGGGGUGAGCACCAGCAAAACUUUUCUGGUGUGGCCACGCUUGAUUUGCAAGAUUGCAACGAGCAAAACAAAACCGAUCUCCAGGCAGAAGAAAACUGCUGCAGUAAGCAAAACUCCAACAAGCCCGAGCAGGGUAAUAAUUCUUUGAUCUCGGCCAGACAGCAUGAAGCAGCAUGUCAGAGCAAUGCAUUUUGUAAAGAAUCUGACAAGAAUGAACAGCCAGGCAGCGUGUGCAGGAUAGGGGAUAAUACUGCUGAAAGCUGUGCUGCUGCUAUAAACACUCUUCCAGGGACACAGUAUUCGGCAAGUGCCACUAACAUAUCACAGGCUUUGCCAAGUGAUACAGAAAUAGCACAUACUUCUGAUAAUUCUGAGAAAAAUGAUCCUCAAAUAUCUCAUCCAGAAACUCAAAGGAAAAUGCCAUUAAUGGCAAAAAGCUCGAAAAAUAUUCUGACCGCUGAUGGGGAAAUCAUCCAGAAAGAUGGAAAUGCGGAGAUAAGUUGUGAGGACAGUGCUGCUGUGCCAGAAACAAGCAAUAUGAAGCCUGACAAAAGUCCAGGGGCACAAGGAUCUCCUUCACCAUCACGAGCACACGGGGAAGUAAUUCCCACUGAUAAAUUGUAUAAAUCCAGCUGCAUUCAAAAGCCAACAGAGCAGCCUGGUUAUUGUCAAGCAGAUUUUACAGCCCUCUCUACCCAGACCUCUGUAUUCAGCCAUCCCAGUCAGCAACCUGGAAAUACCACAGACAGGGGUACUGGGGAGGAAUCACUAAAUAAUGAGCUGGAAGUUGUAGCAUGUCAAAACACCUUAGAAGGUAAUCCUAAUUUGCAGGUUCCUGCAGGUCCUCAGGUGUCAGCACAUGUGGGUCCUGUGGCAGGUAUGUGUGUGGGUGAAAAAGACUGUCCAGACCAAAGUUUUCAGGGUGAUGGAGACAGAAGUUUCUCCCUGCCAGAGACUUUAAAUGUAGGGCAGAGAACUGGAAACUUAUCACAGUUCAACUCUGAGAAGCUGAAGAAAGAGAUCUCUGCAAUUAAAUCCAAAAAAACAAAAAGUGAGCUAAACUUCAAAGAGCAGCAAAGUGACAGUUCAGCAGAGUCUCUGUUAGCUCUUCCUACUCCAGAAGGGAAGCUACUGAGCCUUUCAUCAUCACAAGAAGGCUGUAAUGAGGAAAUUGCAACCAAUAUCUGCGUAGAUGACAAGCACGGUGAGAUCUUAAAGAAACCUGGGAACACAGAAAAAGUGGAAGAGCUUUCAAAAGAGAAUAAUAACAUAACCAGGCCAGACAUCAGUAUUUCCAAGCAGUCUGCAGAGAACUCUGGAAAGGAGCAUGAGGCUCUGACUUGCAGCUCUCUGGAUAUUGGCUCCAGCAUCCCAGACUUUAGGGAGCACAUCAGCCAGAUAUUUAAAAAAACUGUCCACAGCACACUGAGUGCUGAAUUACCCCAGCUUUUGCCUGAAAACCAUGCAGGCUCCAAGCAGAGUCCAGUGGCCAAGGAUACAGCAGAACUCUGUGGUGCUGAGAACUUUUCAGAACCAAACAGGGCGGGCAAAGGAGCUCCCGAGGGCACCUCAGAAGCAGAGGGGCAAGAGUUAUCUUUAGCUGCUGAGACUUCCUGCAGAGCUGCCGAGGGCAAAUCUCUGCAGCAAGAAAACACCGUGGCAGAGCUGCCACCAGCAAGUCUCCAGGACACUGAGGAAAACAGGCAGCCCAGUAGCUGUUUAGAAGUGGUCCCUGGCUUGGAUGGAGCUACACCUGCUGAACGUGCUCCGGGAAAUCUGCAAAAGCCGGACAAGCCCACUGAGAGCAGUGGGAUGGAAAGAGAGGAAGGCGUGUGCGCUGGUGGCGUUGAUCCUGAAUCGCUAAUAAGCUUAGAGAUAAAGAAGCAAGGACCAGCUUCAUUUGAUGGGGCAGCAGCUGAGAACUUCCCUGCGUAUUCCGACAGUCAGCAAGGACCCGCCGGAGCUGUUAUCCCUGCGGGCGACGCGCGGCAGAGGGACAGAGAAGAUGCUGCUGCCACAGAGGGAAAUAACUUAAUUACAGGGCGUGGUGCAGAACCAGUUUCAUCUGAGGAGGAUGUGAGCCUCGCUUCUGAAAGGUGCCAGGAUCCCAAGCCAAAUGAACAGGAGGGAAGUGAGCACGGUGAUCCAGACGCUGCCAAGAGCAUCUCUGACAUGGCCGCUUCAACCCUUGUCCCGGGAGGAUCUUACAGCCACGGAAAAUUGUCAGACAGUUUUAAUGUGUCACCCGAGGGAAAUCGGGAGACGCACGUUCACGGCAACUUCAUGGGUGACAUUAAGUCUCAGGAUGACAUGCAGGUGGUACAGGACGAUGCAGUAAAUAGGAAAUGCUUGGAAACAUCUGAAAAUUCACAAGAUGCACAGCAGGAAAAGAACGUGACUGUGCAUGGGUUAAUAGAUUACUUAAAAAAUGAAGUAAGCCAGGAUGAUUGCGUGCAAACUGACUCUAAAGUAGAAUCUAGCAGUAUGACUGAGGGAGAUGCUAAAGAGAACAGUGACACAGUGAUAAGCACGGCAAAGGCAGGUAACGAAAAAACUGGAGACGUCCCUGAAACAGGUACUGCAAGGAUGUUAGUCACUGGGGAAGACAACAUAGCCAUAAACACAAGCACUGGAGACCAGGAGGCAGACCUGUUCAAAAAUCACCCUCCAACCCUCCCUGUGGUAGAGCAGAGUGAGCCUUCUGCACGUGCAGAUCUCACUGUUGCUGAAAAUCGGCCGAGCAAGAUGAAUUCAGAACGUGAAAGCUCACUUCAGGAUGCCAAAGGAAAGCUAUCACCGCCUGCAUUAACUGAGCCUAAGAGCCUUGACCUCAGUGAACUUCAAAACAUGGCUGUGGCAGGAUUACCUCCUGAAAGCCCUCCUGGGCCAGGUGAUGAUACACAGUUGGCUUCUCCCCUCGACCCUUCCGAGCAACCCUUUGCUGUUCCUGUGGCGUCUGGAAAUGUUGGCCCCGUGGGUGCUGCAGAGCUGACUCCAGACAGCGCUUCCAAGCCUGACAGCUGCAAAGAAGUUGAUAACCACGUUUCUGAGGAUGAACCUUUGGCUGCAGCCCCUGGUGAUGAUGUAGAACUGCCUGCUCAAGAAACCGAGGGUUUCACAAGGGAAAAAAAGAGGAGCUCUGACUCUGAAGAAGCAUUUGAGACCCCGGAGUCCACUACACCUGUCAAGGCACCACCUUCACCUCCACAGCCAGCCCCUGAAGCAGCAGCAGCUGUGGUUGUUGCAGACACAGCAGAGCAAGAAAUAAAACCCCAGCUGCCCUUAGAAGACACAGGAUUAUGUUCAGAAGCUGAACCCGUAACCGAUGUGUCACACAGUGAACCAGUCCAAGAAAGCCCUUUCCGUCCCCCUUGCCAUUCUUUUUCCACUGUCUUCGACGAGGACAAGCCCAUAGCCAGCAGUGGGACUUACAACUUGGACUUUGAUAACAUUGAGUUGGUUGAUUCUCUCCAUGCCUUAGGACCGAGCUCUGCAGAACCCAAGAGUCGUGACCCCAAAGCAAAUGUUCGAAGAAAAUCCACUGAUUCAGUCCCAGUUUCCAAAUCCACGUUGUCUCGAUCUCUCAGCUUGCAAGCCAGUGAUUUUGAUGGAGCAUCUUACCUUGGCAACAGCGAGACAUUAGCACCGUCAGCAGAUGUGUACGGUACCGGUUCAAGCAGCGCUUCCAGCACCCUUAAGAGAACAAAAAAACCCAGACCAGCUUCCUUAAAAAAGAAGCAGUCAGCCAAAAAACCUCUGGACGCUCCACUGGUGAAGGAAACCCCACAAGAACCUUCUGACCUUGGCCAAGCAGCUUGUGCCCCAGGUGAGGAUAAAGGAGUAUCUGAAGGCAAGGCUGACUCGGUGAAGCCCGAAUGUACUGAACCUUCCAAAAUCUCUGCUGAGAGAGAGGAGGCCCUGCCUGUGCCUGAAGGAUCUGACUCUUUGGAUCCAGACCAUUUUGAAGGGAUUAGUGCAUUUAGCAGCGGAGGCAGCAAAGUGCAGAACUCCCCCCCUGCCAGCAAGAAAACACUACCUCUGACAACGGCACCGGCGGCUGGGGAGGUGACUCCGCCGGACACCGGGGGACAGGAGGACCCUCCGGUCAAAGGCGUUGCAGUGAGGCUGGAGUUUGAUUAUUCUGAAGAAAAGGGGGUGAGUGAAGACCAGCAGGAGAGCACUCCCCCUCCCAAAAAGGCAGGUAAAAAGCCAGGUGCUAAAAUGCCACUACGGAGGCCAAAGACUAAAAAACCCGUGGAAAAGCUUGACAAUGCUCCGACCACUCCGACCAAGUCCCCCACUGAUCCAAACGAAAUCCCCAUCACAAAAGGCUCUUACACUUUUGACAUUGACAAGUGGGAUGAUCCCAAUUUUAACCCCUUCUCCUCUAGUACAAAAAUGCAAGAGUCGCCCAAACUGCCUCAGCAAACGUACAGUUUUGAGCCAGACAUGUGUGAGGACUCCAUUGACCCUUUCAAGUCUUCUUCUAAGAUAGCCAGCUCGCCCUCCAAAUCUCCAGCUUCCUUUGAGAUACCAGCCAGUGCCAACGAAACGAACGGGACAGAAGGAGACAACCUGAACAAACCUGCGAAAAAGAAGAAGACGCCACUGAAAACGAUGGUAGAAGAUGUGAUGUCUGUAUGUUCUCUGUUUGAUACAUUUAGGGUGAAAAAAUCACCAAAAAGAUCCCCACUAUCAGAUCCUCCUUCUCAGGAUCCCACUCCACUGCCAACUCCAGAAACUCCUCCUGUCAUCUCCACGGUGGUUCACGCGACAGAUGAGGAGAAGCUGGCGUCUUCAGUGACGGGUCAGAAGUGGACCUGCAUGACUGUGGACCUGAACACGGAUAAGCAGGAUUACCCCCAACCCUCUGACCUGUCCACCUUUGUCAAUGAGACCAAGUUCAGCUCUCCUACAGAGGAAUUGGAAUAUGGCAACUCAUAUGAAAUAGAAUAUAUGGAGAAAAUAGGCUCCUCUGUGCCUCAGGAUGAUAGCACCCCGAAGAAACAAUCUUUGUACCUAAUGUUUGAUGCACAGCAGGAGAGCCCAGUCAAAUCACCUCCCAUCAGAUUGUCUGAUUCCACAACUCCGUGCUCAGGGUCAAGUUUUGAAGACCCUGAAGCCCAGCAAUCCUCUGGAAUGAAAAUCCAACAUCCAGCUUCCCGAGUCCUUGGUGCCAGCCAAGAGGCUCACCUGCAGUCAGCUGACAAGUCCAAGCAGAAGGACCUAGAACCUAUGACUCUGGGGACAACUCCAGAGGCUAUUGAAAUAACAUCUCCUGAAGACUCCUUUGUCUCUGCUGAUGCUCUUCUCAAUAGGAUAUCUAAGAAAACCUCAAUAUGUGAUCAGCCUGAAUAUCUAGAUCCUGACUUAGCAGAAAAGAACCCCCCAGUAUUUGCUCAGAAACUUCAGAGAGAACCUGCUAUCCCAGCAGAUGUUUCCAUCUCUAAAAGUGCACUCUACUCCCGGAUCGGCGCCUCGGAUGCGGAAAGCACCACGGCUCUUCUCUACCCCCAGCAGGACUUAGACUCAGCGCUACGACUCGCCAGAGCAGAGAUUGUGGCCAAGGAAAGAGAAGUAUCUGAGUGGAAAGAGAAAUAUGAAGAAAGCAGAAGGGAAGUGAUGGAAAUGAGGAAAAUAGUCUCGGAAUAUGAGAAGACAAUUGCUCAGAUGAUAGGCAAGCCUGAGGAUGAACAGAGGGAGAAAUCUGUGUCCCACCACACCGUUCAGCAGCUGAUAGUGGAGAAGGAACAAGCUUUGGCAGAUCUGAACUCAGUGGAGAAAUCUCUGGCAGAUCUUUUCAGGAGAUAUGAAAAAAUGAAAGAAGUAUUGGAGGGGUUUCGGAAGAAUGAAGAAGUGUUAAAGAAGUGCGCACAGGAAUAUUUAUCACGAGUAAAGAAGGAAGAGCAGAGGUAUCAAGCUCUCAAAAUUCACGCUGAGGAAAAACUGGACAGAGCCAAUGCUGAAAUUGCACAAGUGAGAGGCAAAGCUCAGCAGGAGCAAGCAGCGUAUCAAGCCAGCCUUCGCAAAGAGCAGCUGAAAGUGGACGCCUUGGAGAGAACACUGGAACAAAAGAAUAAAGAGAUAGAAGAAUUAACAAAGAUUUGUGAUGAACUGAUUGCCAAAAUGGGGAAAAGCUAACUUUUAACCAAAUUUCUGGACUUCGAUCCUGAGUGCAAUAUGACCAUUGGCACACUGAUGUCCAUACAUUUAUGUGGACAGGUUAUAUUUUCACUUUUUCGUAUGCACUACUGUAUUUUCUUUCUAAAUAAAGUUGAUUUAAUUGUAUGCAGUACUAAGAUGACUAUCAGAAUUUCUUGCUAUUGUUUGCAUUUUCAUAGUAUAAUCCAUAGCAAGUUGAUCUCAAAGUUCCUGUAUCAGGGAGAUUGUCAAGUUCUCUAAGAAAUUACAAAUUGCUGAUCCUAGCCUUCCCUUUGUACAUGAGUUCCCAUGUUGGAUGUCUUUUGGAUUUAAUAUAAACAUGUAUUACUUGCAUGGGGACUCUUGCCUUAAGGAAUGUAAACUUUAUCUGCAUUUGCCGAUUUGUAAAAUAAAAUUAAAAAUAUUAAAAAAAAAAAAAAGAAAAUGCAUGUCACAAAUGAAAUUCUCUAUUGUAAAUAAAUUUUUUCGUUGGAAGUUGAA